AUGGCCCCCAACCUCUUUCUCUGCGCGCGCACCAUCUUCUGCCCUAUCUACUGGUUCCAAAAGGGUGAUCGCGACAGCACCCUCAAGGAACAACACUGGCAAUCUCCCGUCCCCGGAACCUACAAGUUCUUCCCGGGUCGCGGAUGGCAUCUCGUCCACCGGGACGGAUCUGAACACGACGAAAAAAAGCCAGCUGCGCUGGUCUACUGUCGUAUCCUCCACCGCUACAUGUUUGAAUCUGAAUUGGAGGAGCGCUGCCGUUGGUUCGAUGCACCGCUGCACAAGGGCGCGCGCUCGGAAAAGCUGCGAUUCUUCCUUCUUGACGACGGUGUUCACUGGGUUGCCGGCUGGGACGCCCACGGCAGUUUUAUCCCUGGCCCUUACCCGAAGUGGUGGCUAGAUGAGGAUGGCUACACUAUGCACCGUGGUGCUUCCCCCCUACCAGUGCCAAUGUCUCCCGCUGCAGCAGUAUCAUUGCUGGCAAAUUUGAUUGAGCGAUUGCUCUUUCUUUGUGAGGUUGCUUAG